AUGUUGGCUUUGUUCAAGAGAGCUUAUAAACGUCAACUGAUCGAACAAGCUCGGCUUCUUAGCGAAGCGCCAAAAAAUGCUUUUGCGAUCGUUGUUGGUGGUGGCAUUGUGGGCACAUCUGUUGCUUAUCAUCUAACCCUUCGUGAUGUUAGUGAUGUGGUUUUGCUAGAAAAAGAAAAAUUAGUUGGAACAUCUUUUCUCACGCCUGGUUUAGUUAGUUCAGCACAUCCAAUUCAUCGUUAUAAACCGUUUCUUGCAUGGUCUGUGGACCUUUAUUCAAGAUUAGAAGAAGAAACAGGAGAGAAAGUUGAAUUUUAUCGUCCUGGAACAUUGAGACUGGCAACAAGUGAAAUGCGUAUGGAUGAAUUUCGUCAAUACACAUCUCGAGAUUACUUUCAACCAGGGGAUGUAGCUAAAACUGCACUGAUUAAAGCGGAAGAAGUGAAACAACUUGCACCAAUUUUGGAUACAAAGACUAUACUAGGAGCUUUGUAUACUUCUGGAGAUGGCUAUGUAAAUGUGAAAAACUUGACUCGUGCUUUGGCUAAAGGGGCUCAACAGCGUGGUGCUAUAAUUGUUGAACAAUGUCCAAAUAUAAAGGCAGUGGAAGAAGCAAACAAUGAAUGGAUUGUUAAAUUUACAGAUGGUAAUGAGAUACGAGCACGACAUAUUGUAAAUGCUUCAGGUCUCUGGGCUCGAGAACUCGGCCGUUUCACGAAUUUGGAUAUUCCUCUUGUGAUAGUCGAACAUCAGUAUGCCCACAUCGGCCCUUUACCUGAGGUAGAACCUUUAAUUGAUUUACCAGCUAUUAUAGAACAUGAUAGCACAUUUUAUAUACGUAGAGCUGGGAAUUGUUUGUUUUUUGGUGGUUUUGAACCAAAACCUUCGGAUGUCGUUGUCCGAGAAGAUUGGAUGGAGAAAACACCAGAAAAGAUAGAUGUUAAACCAGACUUUAAGCGGUUAGAGCGAGUUUAUGAACACGCAUGCGAUCUUAUUCCGUGUCUGCGUGGUGCGAAAAUUGAUGCAUAUGGAUCAGCCUCUACAAUGAUGGCUGACGGCUACCCUCUUGUUGGCCCCAUUAAUUAUAAGCAAAACUACUGGCUUCAGGUUGGAUGUUUGGAAGGUAUUUCUAGUGGUGGUGGAAUGGGAAAAUACUUGGCAGAUUGGAUAGUUGAUGGUGAACCUCCAGCAGAGCUUUUCGAUACUGACGCUAACAGAUUUGACCGAUGGGUAACCCGAGAUUAUGUAAUUAAUAAAUGCCGUGAAACAUAUUCCAUGUUUUACAAUUGGUCAUACAAGAAUCGACUGGUUGGACGCCCAACCGGACGUGUGAGCGGAAUUUAUGGUCGAUUGCAGAAACAAGGAUGUUUCUAUUUAUUCCGCAAUGGUUGGGAGGUCGCGGAGUCUUUUGCCGCUGAAUAUAAGGAUAAGCUCCCGAAUAUGAUUCGUGAAUAUCAAAUGGUAUCUAAUAAAUGUGGAGUUAUUGAUUUAUCCUGGCGAGGGAAAAUUGAGGUUCGAGGCAGAGAUUCAGAUAAAUUGUUAAAUUAUGCAUUAACAAACAGACCACCUGCUCUUGGUGAAGUAUCUUCGGGAUUGUUGUUAACAAAGAAAGGGAAUAUUUUCAGCUUUAUGCAGCUAUUUCAGCAAGACCAAUAUAGAUCAGAAUAUAUACUAUUGACUGACCCAGAACGAGAGUCUAGAGAACUUAAUUGGUUGAAUAAAGUUGCACAUGAGAUAGGGGCAGAUGUGGAAAUAUCUGGCGUGAGCGAAUAUUUGGCUUCACUUGCUGUUGUUGGUCCGAGAAGUCGUGAAGUUUUGGAAGAGCUUACCAGAUCGGACUUGGCAUUUGAUCAGACUGCUGCAAAACUGAUGAGACUUGGUUCAGUACCAGUUAUAACUGUUCGAACUUCACGUGACACAGGACAACUAUCUUACGAACUUUACCAUGCUAGAGGUGAUACCUUAAGAUUAUAUAAUUCAAUAAUGGAUGUUGGAAAGCGUUAUGGCAUUGUUAAUUUUGGUCAAAGUACGUUGAAUAUGAUGCGUAUCGAAAACGGUCACAAAAUAUGGGGCAGAGAAGCAAGUCAUUUAAUCACGUUGAAUACGAAUCCUUAUGAAUGUGGAUUGAGUUGCUUAGUGGAUCUUAGCAAAGAAAAUUUUAUUGGAAAAUCAUCGUGCUUGGAAUUGUCACAGAGCCUUUGGCAUAGAAAACAGGUGUUAAUUAUUUGUGAACCACUUACCGAGUUUCAAGGAUGGCGAAUGAUACCGAAGCGGAUGGAAGUAAUCCGUAAAGAAGGCUCAGAAGAACGAGUGGGACAAGUAACAUCAGGAACAUACAGCGUUCGUCUUCAUCGACCGCUGGCUUUUGCAUGGGUGCAGUCGAAUAUAACUCCAGAAGAUAAGCUGUGGAUUGAUCUCGGUGGCUCGCAAGUACAGGGUCAGAUAUAUGAAGGUUCUACGGUCUGCGACAUUGACGAAACUAAAUUAUCUCUAGAAGAAAUAUAA